CAGUGCGUAGAAGCCAAAGGCGAAAAAAGAAAAUUCAUUAUGAAAUUCACAUUAAUUUUGUUGAUUGCUGGCAUUGCUUGCAUCGUGGCCGCACCUGUCGCCGAGGAGCAACAGCAACAGGAUAUCGAAUCCUCUGCCAAGGCUAAGCGUGGCCUCUCCCUUGGCCUGGGCUACCACGCCCCCCUCGUCACUCACUCGCAUUACGUGGCUGCACCAGCUGUCGUCCACCAUGCCCCAUUGAUUUCGCACGCUCCACUUAUUGCGCACGCACCGCUCAUUGCGCAUCAUCCAGUCGCCUCGGUGUCCUAUCACCUGCCCACCUACCAUUCCUACAACUCUUACCAUCAUUUCUAAGCAGCAGCAGCCGGAUCAACUGGCAGCUGGAUGUGGCAGCUGGACGUGAAAAAAUAGUCAACACGUCUGAAUGCAAAAGCGACAACAACAAAACAACAACAGAAAAUUUAAAUAAUUCUAGCAAGGAAUAAGUUUUCCACUCGUUUUGAAUUCAAUUCCUUAAAAUGUCCAACGUUAUUUGUUAUUGGCUUUUGUAAAUAAAUUUGUACAAACAGUUUUCU